UUGAGUCUCCACCACCCCCGACCUCAUCUUCCGACUAAUUGGCCGUCUACCUCCACUCGAUUUAACAUCAACCAACUAACCAACCACCCAAUCAGUAUCCACACUCACUUCGAGCACAAUGGGAACAGACACUGAACUAAUCGAACCUUAUGACUUCCUACUCAAGCUUAUCAUCAUUGGCGAAUCCGGGACCGGAAAAUCAUGUCUCCUCCACCACUUCCUACGCUCCCAACCACGCCAUCCCUCACCACACACGAUUGGAGUCGAGUUCUCAUCAACGAUCAUCAGUCUACCAUCUGCGAGCUCGCUUGGCUCAUCCUUCUGUAGGAUGAAGCUCCAGAUCUGGGAUACCGCCGGCCAGGAACGAUUCAGAAGUGUGACGAGAAACUACUAUCGCGGUGCGGCUGGUGCGAUCUUGGUCUACGAUAUCACUGAUCGAGCAUCCUUCACAAGCUUAUCCUCCUGGCUAGCCGAUGCAAGAUCACUAGCAUCCCCAGAUCUGAUCGUCAUCCUGGUCGGGAAUAAGGUGGACUUGGAAGAAGAUCUGCGACAGGUGGAUGAAUUAGAAGCCAGUAACUGGGCCAAACAACACGACUGUCUCUUCCUCGAAACCUCAUCCUGGACCGGCGAAUCGGUCUCGACGCCAUUCCUACUCCUGACUCGUUCGAUUCUACUGUCUAUCGAAUCCGGUCGGAUCGAUCCUAAUCGGAAAGGAAGUGGGAUUAGUUAUGGGGAACGGGCCUUGAAAAGAGUGGCCAGCUGGAGUGGAGGGAGUGAUGGUGGCUUUGAGAUUGAUACGAGUGAUCGCAAGAAGAGCAAGUCCAAGUGUUGUUAACAGUCACCAGUCUUCGACUCCUCUCUCUUUUCUUCUCCCUACCCUCCUGGUAUCGGACGUUUUUCUUCCAAACCGUCUUUGUUUGAUGUAUCUAUUACUUUUGGGAUAUUGGAGUCUGUGGGAUUUCUACCUCUUCUAUAGAUCGAUCCAUUCCGCUUCCUUGCGGUAGUUUUUUUUUAUAUAAUCAUUUCCUUAUUGUAUACCCCAAUCUCGUUUCAAGAUCGAUCUGGUUUCCCUUUAUCUCCUCAUUCUCGUUUUUUUUUUCUUCUAAUAUUAGUGCUACACAUGUGAUCAUUUCCUUGUCAAAUGAUCCAAUUUGAUUCUCCGUAUUCCAUUUUAACAAUCUACCGCCCUUCCCCUCCAGAAACCAAAAAAAAAAUAUGCACACUCCAAACAUCUUCUUGUCAUCCUUUCCUCUCAACACCCCGUCCAUCCUCACACAGAUACCGAAUAUCGUUAUUAUUCAAUUAGCUAGCUCCUUCUUGUAAAGUUUUUCUCUCUUUCUUUUCAGUUCUGCAGUUUUGUUUGAGUAUCAGUACUUGAGUUUGAUAUCUAUCCAUCUAUCAAAUUGACCACAAUAGUUGCUAGUAUAUUUGUAAACAUUUUCCUCUCUCCAAAGUUAUACACCAUUUGCUUGAUUUCCACUAUCAUAUGCACACCAAGCUCUUUCCAAUUAACCACACAUGGAUUAGACGUC